UAGAUGGGCGGCUGGAGGAGGGGAAGGGGGCUCUUCGCGGAGUUUCAAGAAAUCCUGCGCAAAGUCUGCCGCUGGUUUUGGUCUGAGCGGUCUUCUCAGAGUCUAGCUCAAGUCUGUCUUGCUGCAGCUUCAGUGCUGACUGAGGAGGUCUGGAAGGAGGGGGCGGGCAGGAAGAGGCUGGAGUCCGUGACAACCCCCACCACCACCACCACCUUCCUCCGCUGCGGUACGUGUAGCGCAGAAGGGGGAAGGGGGGCCCGCGAGCGACCCCGGCGGCCCCGGGCGGCCAAGUGCCCCCUCCCUCCUUUACUAUAUGGUGCAGCCACGUGCGGGGGUGAGCUCGAUCGCGGGCGGGACUUACCCUGCAGACGCCGCUGCCGGGGGCCCCACACCUCCCUGAGCCAGGGACCCGCAAGCUGGCCAAGAGGGCGCCGGCGGCCGGAGCCCCGCAGCCGAGGAUGCGCCAAGGAGCAGCCCGCGCCCCCCUCCCUCGUCUCCGCCCGCGGGUCCGGCCAACUCCGGCUUCUGCCGCGCGUCCCUGGCUCGGAGCUCCGCUGCGGAAAACCCGAGCGGGGGCGGCUCCCCGCCUCGCAGCCCGGGAAAAUCCGGGGGUGGCCGCCAAGGAUCUCCAAGCGUGCUGGGCGAGGCGGCCCCCUCUUCCCUCCCAGACUGGGGCCCUCGACCUGGCGCUCCGACCGUAGGCCCGUCGGUUCAGUCCUUGCCUCCCCACUUCUCUCCGCAGAGCGCCCAGACGGCGGCGAGAUGACGGCCGGGAGCCCUGGAGACUGCGGGGAGGUGCGGAGGAGCCCCGAGGGCCGCGUCUCGCGCCUGGGCCGCCGCCUGGGCCGCCGGCGGCGCGCGCGCUCCCCUCCUGAGCCCCUGCGGGUGCGGGCGCGGCUGCGGCUGCGCUCGCCGUCGGGGGCGUUCGCGGCGCUGGGGGCGCUUGUGGUCCUGGUGGGCAUGGGCAUCGCGGUGGCCGGCUACUGGCCGCACCGCGCCGGAGUCCCGGGACCCCGGGCUGCGAACUCCAGCGCGCCUCCCCUGAGCGAGCUGCGGCGCGAGGGUCGCGGCGCCGGCCGAGCUCACGGCCCGCACGAGCGGCUGAGACUCCUUGGGCCGGUGGUCAUGGGCGUAGGCCUGUUCGUGUUCAUCUGCGCCAACACGCUGCUCUACGAGAACCGCGACCUGGAGACGCGACGGCUUCGCCAGGGGGUGCUGCGGGCUCAGGCGCUGCGGCCCCCGGACGGCCCAGGGUGGGACUGCGCGCUCCUCCCCAGCCCCGGCCCCAGGACUCCCCGAGCCGUAGGCUGCGUGGAACCAGAAAGCUGGGACCUGUCCCCGCGUAGGGGUACCUCACCCGUCCCGUCAGUGCGGAGUCUGCGUUCAGAGCCAGCUAAUCCUCGCUUGGGGUUACCUGCCCUGCUUAACAGCUACCCGCUGAAGGGCUCAGGACUGCAUCCACCUUGGGGUCCGCGGCCCCAGGCCGGCCAUGUGAUCAUCACCGUGCAGCCCUCUGGCUCCUGCAUCGAACAUUCCAAGUCAUUGGAUCUGGGCCUCGGAGACCUCCUGCUGGGGGCCCCAGCGGCUCGGGACUGCGCUCACCGAAGCUGGCCACGGCUGGACCGCCUCAGUCUGGGGGGUUAUGCCAAGUUGGGAGCAGGAGGGGACUUGGGGGCCCGGGUCUGAGGAGGAGGGGCACAGCCUGCUGUGAGGCUGCAGCGUGGACCGUGGUACAGCCCUAGGAGUCCUGAUGUCUAGUAGAGGUUUCAGUCACAUCCCAGCGGGGGAGGGGGAUGGAUGCUCCAGCCCCAACAGCUGCCAAGGCCUCCUGACUUACAUGUCGGCAAAGAAAUGCCAACUGCACAAGGGUUCAAAAAGCUAGAGAGGUUGUGUUUUAAUGUGGACUCUGGAGACCAGCAGGACUCAGCCUCAGGAAUUCCUUCAGCCUCCAAAAGUGGCCUUAGCCCUGGACAGAUAUCUGAGGGGGCUGGAGGCCCAGGGGAUGCAUCUGGUGGGUGUCUUGGCACACCCCAAGUGAUGGGUGAGGGUCCUCAGACCUGGAAGGUAGGUUGUGGUGUUACAGGCUGGGACAGGCGCCCUCCAAGGUGGCACUGGUGCUGGGGUUUGGGCCUCUGGGAAGAUGGGCAAUGCCGUAGAGUUGAGACCUUCCACUGCCAUCUGGGACUGAGCCUUUAACUCCCACCACCUAAACCUCUUUCGCCCUCAGCCAUGCUGGGUACAUCCGGUAAGGGCUCUACUACUGCCGAUGUCUCUGUACUAGGCUCUGGCCCCUCCCCAAACAGGUCUGAGAAGCCCCCUUCUCUCCUUUGUCGUGUGGCCCAUGCCGUGAAAUCUUUCUCCGGGUGGCAAAAAGCAUUUGCCAGUUCUCAGAAAUUCUUUUAUAUGUUAAAGCACCCUUUUGGUCAGUGUGGAUAGCCUUAGAAAAUGGCUUGGAUUGGGGUCUCCCUGACCCAUGUUUUUCCUAAGUUGCCAGUAGGGGAAGAGAACUUUAAAAGUUGAUCAAUCUUCACACAGUCAGGUUGUUUGUUUUUUUUUUUUUUGAGUUUAUUGAAAAAUGCAAUACAAGAGGAAGCAAGACCAAACUAAACAGUAGUAUCUAAACACUACCACCACUUCUCUUACUACAAAAGGCCCAGAUGGCAGACCUAAAUAUUGCCUAUUUAAUCUAAGGUUGUUGUAAUUUGAUUCGGCUGCCAUAGUCUCCUAUUUUGUCGAGAAAUGAAAACAACUACUUGAUAUGAUUCAUAAUUUUUUUUUUUUUAAUUUACAAAGCUCCUUCAUUUUUGUCACCAAAAUAAAACAUUUGAGAGAGAUUUGUAAAACCAGCCAGCCCAGGGACUGAGAUACUGGGCAGGUAUUUCCCAUGAGCAUUCCUUGGUGUUGGUCAGGCCGUAGCUCUGGCUCCAUUUCCAAAGGUGGACUGUUGCCUCGCCACCCUUAGCUGCCCUGAAGAACACAUGGCGGGGACUGGGGGCGGGCAAAGAUUCCCUGACAGGUCCCUGCAGCCAGGCUCUGUGGGGCCUCAGCUGAUAAAUUCAGGUCCUGCUUUGUGGGUGGGUGGGUGACAGAGACCUCACGUGGCUUGGAGGAAAUCUUUCUUUCUCAAGUGGAAUAAAAAUCAAAUUGCAGCGAGA